AUGGCUCUCUUUGCCAUCUUUCAGAAAACAUUCCUCUUGGCAUUGCUGUCCUGGAGAACUUACCAGAGUGAAGUCUUGGCUGAAUAUUUAUCAUUGACUCCUGAAUCACUUAAAGUCUUCCCCAAUUCUGCAUGUCAGUGUUUGCAGUUACAAUGGAAUGUCCACGGAAUUCCUUAUCAUCAGGAAUUGAAAAUGGUAUUUCAGAUGGAGAUCAGUAGAAUUAGACCAUCCAAUGUCAUCUGGGUGGGGAAUUAUAGCACCACAGUGAAGCGGGACCAAGUUCUGCACUGGAGAUGGGAAUCUGAACUCCCUUUGGAAUGUGCAACACAUUUUGUAAGAAUACAGAGUAUGGUGGACGAUGCCAAGUUCCCCAAACUGAGUAUCUGGAGCAACUGGAGCUCAUGGGAGGAAGUUCAUGUUCAAGAUUAUCCUGGACCAAGUACAUUGUUAGUAUUUCCUAAAAAUAAACUGGUAGAAGAAGGCUCCAGUAUUACUAUCUGUUAUAUUUCUGGGAUUAAUCACAAUAACAUAACCUGCUACUUGCAUAAUGAACUGAUUCAUGGAGAACAACUUGAUCCAAAGGCUUCUGCAUUCAAGUUGAAAAAUGUUUCUUUUUUUAAGAGAUCAGGGACAAAUUUCUUUUGUAAAGUGAACCAAACAGACAUUCAAAAUGGCACCACUUUCUUUGUGUCAAAAGUACUUGAGGAACCCAAGAACUUUUCUUGUGAAACUCAGGACUUCGAGACCUUGAAAUGUACUUGGUAUCCUGGGGUGGACACUGGCUUGGAUUGGAAUAUACAACAUUCCCAAAGCUACACUUUAUUUGAAUCAUUUUCUGGGAAAAAACAAAGUUGCAAACACAAAGACUCGUGCGAUUGGAAAAUAACUCAAGAUUCACAAGAAAUGUAUAAUUUCACGCUCACAGCAGCAAAUAACUUAAGGAAGAGAAGUGUUAAUAUUAUUUUUAACCUGAGUCAUCGAGUUCAUCCAAUGGCUCCCCAUAGUGUCCACUUUGAAAAUAGAGGCGCCACAACCGUCCUGAUGAGCUGGAAGGUGCAUGUCCUUGGGAAUUACUUGACACUUCAGUGUCAGGUUGAACUGGAAGGCAGUGGGAAAGUGAUACAACAGCACAGGGUUGACAUGAAGGUGAAUGGGGAGCACCUCUUUGGGGAGCUGGUGCCUGAUACACAGUACGUGGCCCGUGUACGCUGUGCUAAUGCCAAACACUUCUGGAAGUGGAGUGAAUGGACGGUUGAAAACUUCACCACCCCUGAAGCUGCUCCCUCUGAGGCUCCUGAUGUCUGGAGAAUAGUGAAGUCAGAGAAAGGAAGUCAUAUUGUGAGCUUAUUCUGGAAGCCACUCUCAAAAUUUCAUGCCAAUGGCAAGAUCCUAUUCUAUAAUGUGGUUGUAGAAAAUCUAGACAAACCAUCCACAUCAGAGCUCUACCCCAUUCCUGCAUCCACCAGAGACGCAAAUUUAACCCUUGACCUGUGUUCUUACCAAAUCCACAUCACAGCCAACAACAGUGUGGGCACUUCCCCAGCAUCUGUGAUUGUCAUCUCUGGAGACUCUGGAAAUAAAGAGGUUGAAGAAGAAAAAAUUAACAGCAGAGAGGAUGGAUUCUUCAUGUCUUGGAAACCCCUCUCUGGAGAUGUCAUAGGCUAUGUUGUGGACUGGUGUGAGCAUCGUCAGGACCUGUUUUGUAAUUUGCAGUGGAAGAAACUGGGUCCUAAUACCACAAGUACGCUCAUCAGCUCAGAUACUUUUAGACCUGGGGUACGAUAUAACUUCAGAAUUCAUGGAAUUUCUAUGAAAAAUAUUGCAUAUUUACUAGAGAAUAAAACAGGAUACUUCCAGGAACUGGCUCCUUUGGAUAGCCCUCAAGUGAACAUUACUAACUUGACCUCCCGCUCCUUUGCUAUGACUUGGAAGGAUUAUGCCACCGAGUCCCAGCCUGGUUUUAUACAAGGGUACCACGUCUAUCUGAAAGCCAGGAACAGACAGUGCCACCCAGGAUUUGAAAAGGAGGUCCUUUCAGAUGAUUUAAUACGUUGCAAAUUCGACAUUGAUGACCCAAGGAAAAAGACAUUCAUUAUGGAAAACCUUCAGCCGGAAUCCUCCUAUGAGUUUUUCGUCACUUCGUACACAGGAGUUGGUGAGGGUCCCAAUGGUACUUUCACGAAGGUCACAACAUCAGAUGAGCCCUACCAUAAGCUGAUCCGCAUCAUACUGCCCAUGAUUCUCUUUGUCUCGCUCAUCAUAGUAGCAUGCUACUGGAAAAGUGAGUGGGUGAAGGAGAAGUGUUAUCCCGACAUCCCAGACCCUUACAAGAGCAGCAUCCUGUCAUUAAUAAAAUCCAAGGAGAACCCUCACUUAACAAUAAUGAAUGUCAAAGACUGCAUUCCAGAUGCUAUAGAAGUUAUAAAUAAACCAGAAGGGACCAAGCCACAACUCCUGGAGACUAGGAAGCCAGUCAUAGAAAGUGCAUUAAUUGAGCCUGUCUACCUUUACCUCCUACAAGAAGAAAAGAAGUCCUCUCACCCUGGCCCUUGCAUCUGUUUUGAGAACUUAACCUAUAAUCAAUCAGCUUCUGACUCUGGUUCCUGUGGCCAUGUCCCAGUACCCCCUGAAGAUUCGCCAUGUCAGCUGGGAUUAUUGACCUCACCUGAUAAUUUACUAAAGACACUAGAAAAAAACUACAUGAACUCCCUGGGAGAAAUACCAGCUGAAGAAACCAAUUUGAAUUAUGUGUCCCAAUUGGCUUCACCCAUGACUGGAGACAAGGACAGUCUUCCAACAAAUCCACCAGUGCCAGCACACUGUUCAGAGUAUAAAAUGCAAAUGGCAGUGCCCCCCAUGCCUUGCCUCCCCUCCCCUUAA